GUUCGAUCCACACAAACCGCAUUCUUUUUUCCUUUUGUUUAUGGCGACAUCUCGUAGGCGCCUACUCUUAUGCUGCGAUUUUCUUUGCGUACCGUUGAGACAUGGCUCCUCAAGUACCUGUUCAUUGGUGAUGGCGUUAAGACUCUUGGUCCCCGGCUGCCCUCAAGCUGACAGUCUGUAUAGUUGAGGUCAUAUCGCCGUAUGACAAUGAACAAAAGACCGCGGCAUUUGUCAUUUCUUUAUGUACACAAUAUGACAAUUGAACGUGCUGAAUGGGUAGGUUGUCGGAGCCUUGCUUACGCCAAGAGAUCCUUCCGCUUCAAUUUUCUCUGCUGACAGGCUCGGGAGAUUAGCAGAACCCACCUAGCGCGACAACGUCAACGAUGUGCCGAGCCUUAUCAGAUUGAACUAAAGAUUGUUGUUUGUUCGCGAGUGCCCAAACAAACAACUGACGUUGACUUUCCUCGAUUAGCUUUCUCUCCCUACAUUCGUCAUUGGCGCUACGUUGAAUCGAGCCCGUCAACGUUGCACAGCACAAACAAGGCCUUGUUGCGGUGUCGCCCGAUGAUGACACGACAAAAGCUGAUUGAUUAUCAAAAGGAUCAAUCGUGAAAUUAAAUCUCAAGGAUCUUGAUCGACGGAUACUUCCGCCUCCGUCUCCGUCUCCGUCCGCUGGGAUCUGUACCCCUGCAGCCUCCACUUCACAUCACUCUAUAUCACGCUGAGAUUUCCCAUCCGUGUACUGCGAACUCAUGGACUUUGCUCAAACUCCUCUUGUCAACCAGUCGAAGCGCUUCGGAGCAAAGAUGAAGUCUCUUCUUGGUCCUCUACUCCUCGGCGCGUCGCGCCUUGCAACCGCGACAAAUGGUGCUGAUUCGCUGGUUGCCCGUGCAGAAUCAUCGCUGAAGUGGGAGCCUUGUAAGCUCGAUCUUCCCGAUGCGGCAAAGGAACUGUUGAAGGCUGGUGAUUGCGCGACUAUUGAAGUUCCGCUUGAUUAUACGGAUAAAAAGUCGGACAAGACGGUCGAACUUCAAUUGAUCCGCUACAAUGCUACCAAGGAACCCUUCAAGGGUAGCGUUCUCUGGAAUCCCGGCGGUCCGGGAAUUUCUGGUAUUGAGACUCUCGCUUAUCUCGGACAGGACUUCCGCGACAUCAUGGGCGGCCAUCACAACAUCAUCUCAUUUGACCCUCGAGGCGUUGGCCGAACCAUUCCCUUUGCCUGUGGCAAGAAUGCUUCUACUGAGCUCACCCGCCGCAGUCUAGAGCCUCUUCCCCAAGCAGACCUCUGGGAAUAUGUGAAGAACGAGGGCUGGCAGACCAUGCAGGCUACUGCUGAGUCCUGCUACGAAACCCAGCAGGAACACGGCCGCUUCCUCAGCACAGCUUUCACGGCUCGUGACAUGAUGAAGAUCGUCGACGCUCUCGGUGAAGAUGGCAAGCUUCGUUUCUGGGGCAUUUCUUAUGGAACUAUCCUCGGCCAAGUCGCCGCUGCUAUGUUUCCUGAUCGCAUUGGUCGUCUUCUUCUUGACUCGAACUCCUUGGCUGACGCAUACCUUACGUCGACUGGUGUUGGUGGACCGCAUGACGCUGAGAAGUCGCUUGUGCAUCUGUUUGCUGAGUGCGUUGAGCUCGGUACCAAGUAUUGCAAAGUGGCCAACUACUCUGGUAGCAGCACUACUGUUGAGGAUUUGAGAGAUGCUACGGUCGAGACCUUCCAGAAGUUGAAGGACCUGAAGACUCUGCCUGAUGGUCUUUCAUCCAAGGACUAUCCCUACGCCGGCAACUCUAUCUUGAAGCAGUUGAAGUACGGUAUUAUGAACUUGCUAUCAAGCCCUUUCAACUAUCCCUCAGUGGUAGAGAUUCUCUCUUACGCUUUUGAGGGAGACUACAAGAAGGCUCUCAGCGUCUACAAGGAGGAUACAUCCGAGUGGAACCUUGGUACCAACGCAUUCCAGGGUAUUGCUUGCUCCGAGUCAUCGUUCCGUGUCAGCAACCCUGAGGACCUUUACUCCAUGUACCAGGCUCAUCUCGCUGGAAGCUCCUUCGGAGAUGCCAUCGCAGCUGACUAUGUGGCCUGCGCUGCUUGGAAGUUCGACGCUGCCGAGGGCGUUGAUACCAACACGCUCCGAAACGUCAACACAAGCUUCCCAGUUCUCGUUAUCAACAACGCAAACGAUCCUAUCACUUCCCUAAACCAUGCUUGGCAAGUUUCUUCUCGAUUUAGAGAGAGUCGACUGUUGAUUAAUGAGGGAGUUGGGCAUGGAGUCACAUCGCAUGCUUCCAACUGCACUCUUGAGGCUAUUGCUGCUUACUUUGUUGACGGCGCUCUUCCAGAUGUUGGUACGAGGUGCAAGCCCAACAUGCCAGCUUUCAAGGUCGCUCUCCCCAACGCAUAAAAUGGUUGGCUUGGUGCUGCUGCAGAAGACGGUGAAGAUGAGGAUAUGGCUGUAAGACGUUUGUAUCACUAUAUAUCAUGUAUUAAAAAUGUCUAUUCCCAGAAAAAGAGUGAUAACUGCAUACCGCUAGUGCAUCAUCGGCCGCCACUGUCUGUGCCACUUGAUAACCCUGCAAGCAAACGAGACAUAAAAUCCUUUCGAAACGGAGUGGACGGAGGAUGUUGUGAUUCCGUCGUCAACAAAAGAGUCAGGUUAAAAAUAAAACAGCAAAAAGUCUAGCUCGUAUGCUUAUCCAAACAUGCUUAUAUGAAUAAGCGGAGUUCCAGAACCUUAUGGAUCAAGGCAGCCAAGAUUGUGAUACCUGAACAGAAGCGUGACCAACUUUCGAGAACUUUGGUCCAUGUUGCAUUGCAUAUACGUCGUGUUUGACGAUGUGACGCGUAGAAGCAGAAUCAGCGGAUGAACCGGCUCCCGCAUCAUGAGUAUCGUGAGAUUCCAUCAUAACCGGAUUAUCGGCGGGAAAUGCGGGGGAGGAUGAUGUAAACUAUCUCGACGUGGGGUCGGAGUUUUUAGCCGUGACUAAAUUUAGGUAUCGAUGUUUGGAGGUGAUCAAUCGGGAGGCAUGGAGAUGGCCGCGUCAUAAGUUGAAGAAGCAUAGGAUAGGACUUAUGGAUACUCUAAAUGCUGAGGUUUUGAUACAUACACGAGAU